GACCGUGCAGCUCACCCAGUUGCCCGUGUGAGUCAAAACACAUCGUUUCAUUUAGUUCGAAUUCCAGGCUCUUUGCACGGCCAGAAUGGCACGGCCGUGUGGACAUCCCCUCUUGCCCGUGUUUGCUCUCGCAGAAUGUGGCACGGCCAACCCGGCCACUUGCACGGCCGUGUCGAUCCUCUGCUCUGCCCGUGUCUGCUCUCGGCGAAACUCGCACGGCCAGGCCAUUCCUUCACACGGCCGUGUGAACAUCAGGGCAGCCCGUGUGACCUCCUUUGCGACUUGCCUCGCGCCCGAUCUUCACCCAAUCGACACCGAACUCGCUCCUAAACCUUCAUUCACUUGCCAGGACCUGAAAUAUCACAAACAAGCACAACCUAGCGUGAAAUCGGUCUAAAACACGAGAAACCACAUCUCAAACGGUGUAAGAACAGGGGUGAAAACAUGUGUAACUAACGGUCUAUCAGGUCCCAUACACGGCCAGUGUGGCUUGCCCGCGUCAUGGAAUUCCACACGGCCAAGUCACACGGCCGUGUGGAAUUUAGGUCUGCCCGUGUGGAAUUUCCAGCUUUUCGUCAAAUGUCCCAACUUCGUCCAACCGACCCCGAACUCGUGCCCAAACCUUCUUUCACGUACUAGGACCUGAAAUAUCACAAACAAGAACAACCUAGCGUGAAAUCGGCCUAAAACACGAGAGAUGAGACUUAAACGGUACAAGAAUGGUGGACAAAAACAUGUGUAAAUAUCAAGUCAUCAAAUUCCCCCACACUUAACCGUUUGCUUGUCCCCAAGCAAACCUGACUCAAACCAAUGAAACUCUCCAAACCUCUAUAGCUACAUGCAACCUUGAUCGUCGGCAGAGGAUUUUCUAGAUCAUUUAGCAACUUACGAGGUCAACUGGUCUUCUAAGACGCCCCCUAUCUCUCUCAAUGCGAGUACCAGACUCAAGCCAGGAUCAUGAGAAGCAAUGGAACUAAGAAAGUCAACUCAUGGAU